AUGAAACUGUCUAUUUUUCAGGGCAGACCAGGCGUUACCGGGCCAAAAGGUCUUCCCGGUGCGUCAGGAUGCUGUGGGGCCAAGGGACCUAAAGGACAGGCUGGCUCUCAUGGUCCACCUGGCUACGAUGGUGCCGAAGGUGACCCUGGUGAUAAAGGAGUGAAGGUAAGCAUAUGUCUUCAAGGUAUAAAAGCUACUUUUCCUAAUCAUUAUCUUAUUUAG